CGUGCUCGAGCCGCAGAGAGCGCGCUCAAGAGGAAGGAAGAAAAACGCCUGCAUGCUAGCAAACGGGGUCACGAACUAUGACCUUUCACUGGAGUAAAACAAAAACAAACAAUGUCCAAUAAAUCCGACAACUAAAAAACGACGCGUAUCAUUAUUACAGACACACUGGCGGAGCUGAUCUUUGCAAAUGUCUUACUGGCUUUUGUCAAAUGAGACAACACUAAUGACUUCACAUAAUCAUGACAACCAAUAUGGAGUUGCUGGCUCAGCAAAUAUUGACCACUGAGCAGGCUGGAGAGGUACAGUCAUCUUCAUCAGACAGCUCAGUGAUGAGCGCCUCUCCUCAGCGUAUUCAGAUCAUCUCCACUGACCCCGCUGUCACCAGCCCUCAAAGAAUACAGAUUGUGACAGAUCAGCAGACAGGUCAGAAGAUUCAGAUAGUGACUGCGCUGGACUCCAAUGUUCCCAAACAGCAGUUUAUCCUGGCGUCACCUGAUGGCUCUGGUGCGGGCAAAGUCCUCCUGGCAUCACCUGAGAGCACUAGUGCCAAACAGCUCAUCUUUACCACUGCAGACAGUCUGAUGCCCAGCCGGAUUCAGUUUGUUGAUGCAGUGUCAGUAGAGAGACUUCUGGGUAAAGGAGGAGACAUGAGUCGAGCCCAGCCUGUAGAAUACUGUGUGGUGUGUGGAGAUAAAGCCUCAGGGCGGUACUAUGGUGCGGUGAGCUGUGAAGAGUGUAAAGGUUUUUACUGCUGUCGCAGUAGCCAGGACUGUGUCGUCAAUAAACACCAUCGCAACCGCUGCCAAUUCUGCAGACUCAAGAAAUGUCUGGAGAUGGGCAUGAAGAUGGAGUCUGUACAGAGUGAGCGAAAACCCAUUGACCUGCCCAGAGAAAUGCCUGCCAACUGUGCUGCGUCCACAGAGAAAAUCUUCAUCAGAAAAGACCUGAGGAGUCCUCUCAUCGCAACACCCACCUUCAUCACUGACAAAGACUCCUCACGGACUGGACUGUUGGAUUCUGGGAUGCUGGUCAAUAUCCAACAACCUUUAAUUCAGGCUGAUGGCACAUUACUAUUAGCUACAGACAAAACAGAGUCAGGACAGAGUGAUUUAGGAACAGUGGCCAAUGUGGUUACAUCACUAGCCAAUCUAAAUGAUGCUCUUAAUAAUGGAGACACCACAGACAGCCAAAUGGAGGACUCGCCCAGUGAGAUCACACGUGCCUUUGAUACGUUGGCUAAAGCUCUGAACCCCAGUGAAGUGAUGGAGACUCAGAGUCUAUCCGAGGUGGAUGGGGUCGGUGGAUCUACAAUACAAGUGAUCAGCAGAGAUCGCAUUACACCUCUAAUAGAAGUUGAGGGACCCCUGCUUACAGACACACACGUCAGCUUCAAGUUGACUAUGCCAAGCCCAAUGCCAGAGUACCUGAAUGUGCAUUAUAUCUGUGAGUCUGCAUCACGCCUGCUUUUUCUCUCCAUGCACUGGGCGCGGUCUAUCCCAGCAUUCCUUGCUCUCGGGCAGGAGUGUAACACAGCCCUGGUACGAGCAUGUUGGAAUGAGCUGUUCACUCUGGGAUUGGCGCAGUGCGCUCAUAUAAUGAGUCUGUCGACCAUCCUCGCUGCCAUCGUCAAUCACCUACAGUCCAGCAUACAGGACGUUCAGCAGUUUUGAUGUGACUGCAAGCUAUCAAGUGAGCGUAUUAAACUGGUCAUGGAGCACAUAUGGAAGCUGCAAGAGUUCUGCAACAGCAUGGCAAAGCUGGAGACGGAUGGAUACGAGUAUGCUUACCUGAAAGCCAUUGCCCUCUUCAGUCCAGAUCAUCCGGGUUUAAACAGCUGUAGUCAGAUUGAGAAGUUUCAGGAGAAAGCACAGAUGGAGCUCCAGGAUUAUGUCCAGAAGACUUACCCUGAUGACACAUACAGGUUGGCACGACUACUGUUGCGUUUACCAGCACUUCGACUGAUGAGCUCCAGUAUAACAGAGGAACUUUUCUUCACUGGACUUAUCGGCAAUGUCCCGAUCGACAGUAUCAUCCCAUAUAUUCUCAAAAUGGAGACUGCAGACUACAACAGCCAAAUCACAGGCCCCUCUGUGUGACCACACAUCUCAUUUGAACCCUUUUCCCAAUAUACCCUGAUCCUGUCAAAUUGACGGAUUGACGUUGUAUCGGACCGAAUAACAAGCUCUACCUCAAGAGGAGCUGCAACGGUGAAUGCCACUUUUUAUGUGAGCGCUACUAUAGACUUCUUGUGUUAUGGGACAGACGUAGGUCUUCUUUCCUUUUUACUUUUAUUUAAAAAAAAAAAAAACUUAAGCACUUCAUUGAAUGAUUCCAUUCUUCAGAACUCUCCAAGAUGUUUUUCUUUAUUAACUUAAGUAUUUACAGCAAUGGACUGUAUGAUCUUUUGACUCACAAGAUGUGAACCAGCUCAUUUUUGACACAAAUUAAAAAAGUAAUUAUGUUUAACAUAAAGAAAAUGAAGAUAAUUAUAAUGUGUGGAAGUAAAUGUUUUGUGAGUUUUACUCAAAUACAUAAAAUGCUAUAGGUCAAUCUCCUGAAAAAUCAAUCUAAUGUGCGAUCUUAUUCUGCCUAUUCUUAAGUCGAGCUGUAAUUUAUUAAAUUAAAUUUUAAAUUAAUUCUCAAAAAGGUCAUGUUUAUGAUAUGACUUGUACCCUUAUUAUAUGACUUUUGUCCGUCAUUGCUUGUGGGGACGGUGUUUAUUGUCACAGGUCGUUAUUUUUCUGUACUGUAUCGCCUCUGCACUCAUGACAAUCAUAUACAACAUUGCACUUAACCUCAACAUCUGCUUUUAUUUUAGUGAAAAAAAAAACGGUCACAAAAUGACAUAUUUCAUAUGUAACGUGUUUAAAACACGGUAGUUUGAUGCUGUUUAGUAUGAAGGUUUUUAUGUAGCGGCUGCAAAUAGAUCAGCUGUUUAUAGACGGUUUCAUCGGACGCACGUGAUACACGUCUGGAUCCGAACUUUACUUCCGGUUUUGUUUUUUUAAUGCUCUGACUAGUUGCUAAACUGAUCUCUUGAACAAAUGCCUCGUCGAAAAUAACAAGUGUUUUGGUUCCCUAGGUAAUCUAUAUGAUGUUUUUUUGCUUGUUAUAUAAAUAAACUACGUUUAAAGUACUUUGUGGUUAUUUAAUAUUAGCAGAGUUUACCGGAAGUUACAUGCAGACUGCGACAGCUGCUUGUUUAUGUUGUUACUGCUGAAACCGUCUAUAGGUCAAUUUAGUAUGUAUUAAACAUGAUUGGAAAUCAAAUAACAAUAUCCCAUUUUUUAAAGUAAUGUCUGAGUGAUAUUUAAGUAUUAAAAUUAACUUUAACGUUUUUUUUCUGUUCUGUUUGUAUGUAUGGAUAUUGACUUGAAAGACAGGUAACAGAACUUACAGAUGUUUGCCUUGUCAUCAUUUAUGGUUUAUGUAGCUACAGCAAGUAGCAUAAAGGUUUUUCAUUUCUGUUAACUGUUGGUCAUCAUUAGCCACAUUGUAUUUGUUUUCAAACUGAAUAUGGCAGUGUAUUGUUAAAUACCUUUGAAUACCAUUUCUAAACAUCAUUAUUCUCUUUUCAAAAAAUAAAAAGGCCUAAGAUACUGUAUAUCCAGAAUGUGCCUCAUAAGCAUAUCUGUUAUGAGAGCAUUCUGGGCUGAACAGUAAAACAUAUUUCAGUACGUGUCAUUUUAAUCAUCUUUAGCACUUCAAUUUCAGUUUGUUUGUUUUAAUGCUUCAUUCAAUUGUAUAUAGCAGUUUGUCUUGGACAGAUUGUUUUAGAGGUUUAUUGGCAGACACCACUGUGAUUGUAAUCAUGAGUGGUCAUGCAAAUAUUGACAUUUCUCAAUAUCAGGCUUGUUUUUCAUAAAAAUUGCUUGAAUUAUUUAAUAUUUUAAUUCUGCUCCACAGUUCUUACUUGUGUUCUUCUGUUCGUAUGAUAUAAGGUUUGAUGAUUAGGCUAUAUUUAAAUGGGACAUUGAUGUAUGGACAGAUAUUUAAGGAUUAAUGCUUAAAUUCAUCCUUGCGUGCUCUCAUCUAAAAAAAUUUUUGUAUUUACCCAUUACGAACACAUUUUUAAUUGCUAUGGUUUUAACACAGGCAGGCUUGUGUACGUUAUAAGAUGCCUAAUGUUUUCGACCUGUCAAAGAUGGUUUUUAUAGGUGUUGUAAUGCCAUGUGAUGAGAUUUGUUGUAUGUGUAUUUUCAUACGAGUGCAUAUAAUUGUUUUUCUCCAUUUUUAUCUGUCUGUGCAACCCAGAAAAAUUGUGCAUGAACUAGCUUAUGCAUUUUGUUAAAUGCAAUACACAUGCGGAUUUUAAAUAUUGUGGCUUGAGCAAGAAAAUAUACAUAUAUGCACAGAUGUAUACACUGUGUGUGUAUGUAUGACACCAGACCGAAGCAAAAAUAUAUUAUAAUAGCAGUACAUUUCUGGAAUUGAUCCUGUUGUGUAUCUUGUGGAGCAAGCAAUGACCUCAGUGUGUUGUAAAUUAAAAGCUUCUUGGUUUA